UGUCUAUUAGCGAAACAACGAAUGAGGAGAAGGAAGGGGAAUAAGCCGUUGCAUUUCCCUCCACACGUUCAACUUACCUUAUCUUCCAGCUUAGCUACCUCUCUUCACUCUUCACUUCUACCAUCUUCCUUUUCCCUCCAAACAAAACAAUCACCACCACCUUCAACUUCCACUGCCACCACAUUCAUUCCAAAUAACCACCAAUAACCAUGUUCACGGCUAGUAAACUAGCCUACAUCACAUUACCACCCCCUCCUCCAUGCACUGCACCCUUCAUUCCAAUCUCUUCCUUGUCCUCUUCUUCUGCUGUUCACUUCAUUCAGUUCAAUGGCCGCCACUUAUGCCUUCGCCGCAGGCUGUUUCUGCUUUCACCUAAGGCCACUGCAGAUCAACAAGGCAAGGUUGAAGAAUUUGAAGAGGAUGCAGUUGUUGAUAGUAAAAUCCUUCCAUAUUGUAGCAUAGACAAGAAAGAGAAGAAAUCAAUUGGUGAACUUGAGCAAGAAUUUCUUCAAGCACUGCAAGCGUUCUAUUAUGAGGGAAAGGCUAUCAUGUCAAAUGAAGAAUUUGAUAACCUCAAGGAAGAACUCAUGUGGGAAGGAAGCAGCGUUGUCAUGCUAAGUUCUGAUGAGCAAAAAUUUCUCGAAGCUUCUAUGGCUUAUGUGUCUGGAAACCCAAUUAUGAGUGACAAAGAGUAUGAUGAGUUGAAACUGAGGCUGAAGAUGGAAGGGAGUGAAAUUGUGGUUGAGGGUCCAAGGUGCAGUCUUCGUAGUAGAAAGGUUUACAGUGACCUAUCUGUUGAUUAUUUAAAGAUGUUCCUGCUGAAUGUCCCGGCUACUGUGAUUGCAUUAGGAUUGUUCUUCUUCCUUGAUGAUCUGACUGGAUUUGAGAUCACAUAUCUUCUAGAGCUCCCGGAGCCUUUUAGUUUCAUUUUCACUUGGUUUGCUGCUGUUCCACUCAUUGUGUGGAUAGCUCUCUCUCUAACAAAUGCCAUUGUAAAAGACUUUGUGAUUUUAAAGGGUCCCUGUCCGAAUUGUGGUACUGAAAAUACCUCUUUCUUUGGGACUAUACUUUCAAUUUCAAGCGGUGGUUCCACCAACAGUGUCAAAUGCUCUGACUGUGGCACUGAAAUGGUGUUUGAUUCAACUACAAGAUUGAUUACAUUGCCAGAAGGAAGUAACGCCUAAGCGGAGGUAUGCCCGAAAACCAGAUAUAUUGUUCCAGCAACGUGAGAUCAUUAAUAGCUGUUCUUGUGAAAGUGACAAAUUUAUGAAUUAGCAAAUUGUCAUGUUCGUCCGAAAAAUGGUCUUGAAGUCAUGUUAUCAUUAUCACACACAAUUGGUGUCAUCUCAACUGUUUGUGCCACCAUCCUACUUGUAAGUAUAUGGGCUUUGUAUACUUGUAAGUAAUAUGGACUUUGUAUAGCAUACACUGGAUUGUCUCUACUUGAAAGAGUUGAGUUAUGAGGGUGCUUAACACCAUCGAUGAAUCUAACCUAGAAUAACGUGUGUAAGGAUUAUUGUUACACACUUGUGCAAACUUUUCCUUCUAUUACUGAGGCCAGAACCA